GCUCCCCGAGCGGGGGGAAGAUGCUGCCGGGGUCCAUCCAGAUCUCCGGGGAGACGUUGUCGGGGGCGGAGAUCCGGGACAUCUGCGAGAGCCUGCGGGAGAACUCGGUGCGGCUGCUGUCGCUGCGGGGCUGCCAGCUCUCCGAGCGGGACUUCGGGCACGUCUGCCGGGGGGCGGCCGAGUCCCGCUCCCUGGCCCAGCUCAACCUCAACCUGGGCAUCGUCUCCAACAUCAACCGCGUCAAGCAGCUGGCCGAGGCCCUGAAGACAAACCGCUCCGUCCAGUCCCUCUUCCUCCAUGGGAGUCCCCUGACAGAUGCAGGCUUGGCCCUCCUCAACCCUGCUCUCUCCAUCCACCCCUCGCUGGUGGCUCUGGAUCUAGGAGACUGCAUGCUGGGUGAUGAAGGCAUCAACCUUAUCUGUGGGCUCCUGCCGCCUGACGGGGCCAAGUCCGGCCUCAAAGAGCUAACGCUGAGCGCCAACCCAGGUGUCACAAGCAAAGGCUGGGGACGCCUAGCCAUUGCAGUGGCUCACAGCUCACAGCUCCGCGUAUUGAACCUGGACUACAACCCCCUAGGUGACCAGGUAGCAGGGAUGCUCGCUGUCGCUGUGGCCUCCAGUCGAACCCUCGAAGUUCUGGACUUGGAGGGAACAGGACUUACCAACCAGUCAGCCCAGACCUUGCUGGACAUGGUAGAGAAUUACCCCACAGCCCUACGGACACUCAUCCUGGCGGAGAACAACAUUAGUCCCGAGCUGCAGCAGCAGAUCUCUGACCUGCUCUCGGAGGGUGAGGAAGAGGAGGAGACGGAGGCUCGCGAAGUCACAGCCAGGGAGAAGAACCCCUGGAUCUGCCAGAACAAUUCCAGCUCCCAGAUGGUCCUGAUGACGUCAGGUCUCGGUGACAGCCUCUUAGCAGAAACAGAAAUGUAGCUGGGCUACCCUGCCUCCUUCUGCCGAGAAGAGCACCGUGCCCACUGGAGGAGUGUGUGUCCCCCAGCUCCUCUGCCUCUGGUGGGCUGCCACAGCCGUCUUCUCACACAUUUCAUGUCCUGUCGAUGCCUCCCUCAGCUCUCUGAGUGCCGGAGCCUGGUCUGAGCAAAUCUCUACACGCGUCUCUGUGUUGUCACACGCCCCAUUGGCUGCUUGUGAUUGUCCAGUCACUGUACGUGUAGCUCACGCUGCCCUGCCUCCCCCCCUCCCUGCACCCGGCUGUGCCCCCAGGGUGCAGGCUGUAUUUAUUCAGAUGUGUAUAAGAGAUGUUCUUUCUAUUGCUUGUACCGCUGUCACGAUAAGAGUUUUAUAAAGGUCACAGAUGUGGCACCACUUGCGGCA